CAUUCACGCCGGCCUACCUUCCCUCUCCUCCGCUGCUACCCGCCCGCACUGCCUUGCUUGCUACGGCCCUUGUCCCUCUCCCUCCGAUCUCCCCAAUGGUGGAUCCCGGCGGCGCCACGAACCCCUUCGCUUCCCCGUGCCCUGCCGCCGCCUCCUCGUCAUGGGACGACCUCCCCGACGACUUCUUCCUCUCCGCCUCCAUCUCCCCCCCUCCCGCUGCCCCCGCCCCCAUCCCCUCCACCUCGCCCCGUUCCGCUGCCACCCCCGCGCCCCACCGAUCCGCUUCCCUCCCUCCCGCCUCCACCCCAGCCUCCGCCUCGGCUUCCGAUUCCUUCUCCGAGUCCCCGCGCCGCCGCCCGCCACCGCCGUCGCACCACCCGCAGCCGCAGCCGCAGCCGCAGCCGACGCAUCUCCUCCACCCCAGCUACUCCCUCCCCGCCUACCCCGCCGCGCCCCCCCGCUCCGCCGCCGCCGCCGUCUGGCCCCCGCCCCCGGGGCCGCACCACGCGGGCUCCCUCCCGGAGUUCGCCGCCGCCCCGGCCUCCCGCGCGCACCGCCCGCCCGCGCGCUCCGCGGUCCGCGCCGACCGCCCGCCCCCGCUCGAGCUGCGCCCGCGCCCGCCCAGGGAGUCGCAGGCCCGCGCGGCGCUCCGCGCGCUUGCCUGCUGCCGCGACCAUGCGCCCUGCGGCGGCGCCCGCCUGUGGGCCGCGGGCGAGGCCGGGGUCAGGGCGUGGUUCCUCGCGGACGCCUUCCGCGUGCCGCCGGCCCGGCAGCGUUGGGGCGACGAGGCGGCCGCGCCAUUCCGGGAGUCGCGAAGGACGCCGCCGGCGCUCUGCCUCGAGGCGGACCCCGGUCGCGGCGUGGUGUGGAGCGGCCACGAGGACGGGCGGAUCAUGGGGUGGACCGCGGAUCCUGGGCCGGACGCGGGGGAGUGCCUCGCGUGGGUGGCGCACCGUGGGCCGGUCUUCGCGUUGACCGUCUCUCGUUACGGUGAUUUGUGGUCUGGAUCUGAAGGGGGAGUAAUCAAAGUAUGGUAUGGAGAAGCGAUUGAGAAGUCACUCGUUUCACAGAGAGAAGAAAAGCGUAAGACCUCCUUUUUAGUUGAAAGAUCAUCCAUUGACCUUAGGGACAUGGUCAGUGAUGGAGGGGCCUGUCCCUUGCCUGCCGUAGAUGUAAAACUUCUAUUGUCUGACAAUUCUAGAUCAAAAGUAUGGAGUGCUGGUUACCUCUCGUUUGCACUCUGGGAUUCUCGCACUAAGGAGCUUCUAAAAGUGUUCAAUAUUGACGGCCAAGUUGAUACCCGUUUUGACAGCUUAUCUUCUCAGGAUCCAUAUAGCUAUGAAACAAAGCAAACCUUAUUCUCCUCUCCAAGGAAAGAGAAAGCUCGUAGUCCUGUUGGUUUCUUGCAGAGAUCACGAAAUGCUUUGUUGGGAGCAGCUGAUGCAGUCCGGAGAGUUGCUGUUAAAGCAGGUUUUGGAGAUGACACUCGAAGAAUAGAAGCAUUUACAAUGUCGGCAGAUGGGAUGAUCUGGACAGGAUCUGCGAAUGGCUCUCUUGCCCAAUGGGAUGGCAGUGGUAAUCGUUUGCGAGAGUUCCUGCAUCACUCAUCAUCUGUUCAAUGUAUUUGCAACUUUGGAACAAGAUUAUGGGUGGGUUACAUGGAUGGUAACAUCCAGCUGUUGGACCUUGAAGGCAACUUGUUAGGCGGAUGGAUUGCACAUAAUAGUCCAAUUCUGAGUAUGGCUGUUGGAGGUUCAUAUAUCUUUUCAUUGGCUGGUCAUGGGGGAAUCCGCGGAUGGAACUUGUCAUCCCCCGGGCCUCUUGACAGCAUUUUGCGUUCAGAUUUGAUUGAAAAAGAUGUGUCAUACAAAAAUUUUGAGUAUAUGAAAGUAUUAGUAGGUUCUUGGAAUGUUGGACAAGAAAAGGCAUCCUAUGAAUCUUUAAGAGCUUGGCUCAAACUCCCAACACCAGAGGUUGGGGUGGUCGUAGUUGGAUUGCAGGAGGUGGACAUGGGUGCUGGUUUUCUUGCAAUGUCUGCUGCCAAAGAAACGGUAGGGCUAGAGGGGAGUCCAAAUGGAGAGUGGUGGUUGGAUGUAAUUGGCCAGAUUUUGAAGGGCCACUCCUUUGUGCGUGUUGGUUCGAGGCAGAUGGCUGGAUUAAUCAUUGCUGUAUGGGUCAGAAUAAAUCUUAAGCAGCUUAUUGGAGAUAUUGACAAUGCGGCAGUGGCAUGUGGAUUAGGGCGAGCAAUCGGCAACAAGGGAGCAGUAGGAUUGAGAAUGAGAAUACAUGAUAGAAGCAUUUGCUUUGUAAAUUGUCAUUUUGCUGCACAUAUGGAGGCUGUGAGCAGACGGAACGAAGACUUCGACCAUGUAUUCAGAUCAAUAACAUUUUCUUCACCUUCCAAUGUCUUGUUGACAACAUCAGUUUCUGGUUCUGCUGCUCAGCCUCUUCGAGGAGAAAAUGGAUCGAGACUUCCCAAGUUGUCAGAUACAGACAUGAUUGUGUUUCUUGGUGACUUCAAUUACCGGCUUUCUGAUAUUUCUUAUGAUGAGGCAAUGGGCUUGGUUUCCCGGAGAUGCUUUGACUGGCUGAGAGAGAAUGAUCAGCUACGGGCAGAAAUGAGAUAUGGGAGAGUCUUCCAGGGGUUACGUGAAGGAGAAUUCAAGUUCCCCCCUACUUACAAAUUUGACAAACACAUAGCAGGCUUAUCAGGGUAUGAUAGUAGUGAGAAAAAGCGCAUUCCAGCCUGGUGCGAUAGAAUUCUAUAUCGAGACAGCCGGGCUAGUUCGGAUAUUGAGUGUUCUUUGGAAUGUCCUGUGGUUGGUUCCAUAUCAAUGUACGACUCAUGCAUGGAAGCAACAGACAGUGAUCACAAACCUGUAAAAUGUGUGUUUAAUUUAGAUGUUGCUCAUGUUGACAAGCAAACAAUGAGGCAGAAAUAUGGGGAAAUAAUGACUUCAAAUAAGAAAGUGCUAUACUUGCUUCAAGGCUUGGAGGCUUUCCCUGAAGUAAAUAUUAGCACUAACGAUAUCAUUCUGCAAGAUCAAAACCCUGCUGUUGUGAAACUACAAAACAGAAGUACAGAAGAGUUGGCUUGUUUUGAGAUCAUUGGUCAGACACCAAACUCGUCUGGCGCACCUUUUUCAGGUUUCCCUUCUUGGCUGAAGGUUUCUCCAGCAGUUGGUAUAAUUUCUCCAGGACAAUCGGUGGAAGUAACAUUGCAACAUGGGCAACUACGAAGUCAGGACUAUCUUUCUAGUACUUCAGGGAAUAGUCCUGGAGCUGGCCAAGAAAAGGAUGCGACGCUGCUGGUGAUGGUGACUGGAGUGUACUCGACAGCCAUGAGAGAUCACAAGAUACAUGUAAAGCACGGGAGCCGCAGGGACGCGUUUCCGUCAAGUGGUUAUAACUUUGCGGAUCGAUUCUUUGGUUGAGCAUGGUUGUGAAGCUAGUUUAAUUUUUGGAUCAGAGUCUCCAGAACUACCAGGCGUGUGAUGACGCAUAGCCGAUUUUUUUUUCAUCCAAGUGUGCAUAGAAAUUGAGUGUUGUAGCAAAAACAAAUCUUAUUGUGAGUGGCAACAAAAGCUGGUUUCCUGAGGUAAAAAUUAUUGUAUUUUUGGAAAAGAAAAAUUAUGAACAA